AUGGCGGACGGGAUGCAAGAUUAUUUCAUGGGCGGCUCAGAGGCUGCAAAUAGUGGGGCGCGGGAUCCUCUUGAUUUCUUGACCUCAAAUAUCCCUUCGAGAACGACGCCAAUAAAUCCCAUGUCCAUCUCGAGGCCGUCCAAUUUGAAUCUGAAUCUAUCCGAAGAUGCUAUGCUCGCUAUGUUGAAGCAGAUUCAGGAUAUUUUUGACUCGGAGCCGGAGGAUGAGAAUGAGGAUCAGGUGAUGGCGGAGGAUGAGGAAGAUGUUGAGGAAGAGGUAGAUCUUGAAGAUCAGCAGAGGAGGAUGGAGAAGUUGAAGAUGGGUCUUUCGCCGCUGGCUCAGUUGUGGUGGUCUGGUUCCGAGAAGAUUGAUUUGGCUGCGGAGAAGUUGGCGGAUAGGAGUCGAGAAACAAAAUGGAGAAUACCAUUGGGAGAUUCCGGCAUCUUAAAUUUCUUUCUUGAAAUAUUAAGGGCACAUACCCUCAGACAUGCCUUGAAAAUCCAUAUUCUACGCCUCAUUGGAAACUCCUGUGCGGACAAAGUAGAUGAGAAUCGUGGCCGCGUUGUUGCAUCAAACUAUUUACCUUCAAUAAUUCUUCAAUUAAAAGAUACCUCUUUGCUGCCUUUUGCGAUACCAGUUUUGUACAACAUUUGCAUGGACUUUGACCCUGCUCAACUCCAGGCUUCGAAUUCAUUUCUCUCCAAAGAACUCAUCGAGCUCAUCUCAGGUCCCGCCUUGAACGAAUGCAGAGCAUUUCUCGUAUACAUCUGCAGAAUACUUAAUCUUAUAGUCACGCAACCUGCUGAACCAGCAAACGCUCCUGAACACUUGGUGAUGGUCCUCUUUCAGAUUGCAGUUGAUAGAGAAUCACCAUGUGAUAUGGAUGACUACGUGGCUCUUGUCAAAACAGCGGUGGCAUAUAUGAAGCACGAGAAAUUCCAAAAGGCUUUGGUAGCGCAAGGAGGCAUAGAUACAAGUCUAUCGGUCCUAGUCGAUUCGUAUACCCGAUUCGAUUCUGCUCCCUCAAUCGGUACCUCGUCACCGGAUCAAGACGAAGCAAGAGCCCUAUCAGAAAUGCGCAGCAGUCUCAAUCAAGUAUUUGCAGACGUCUCGGUCUUACCAGAAUUCGUAGAAGCAUACCCGGUUAUCUCGCCGGUCACCAGUUCGCUACGCCGCUGGCUCUCAAGCCCGCAACUCCAACUCCAAGUCUGCGCAUGCAUUAUGCUUGGAAAUCUAGCCCGCUCCAAAGAAGCAUGCAUAGAAUUCGUGCACACCUCGCAAGUGCACCGCCCCCUCACCUCCAUCAUCACCGAAACCAAUGACUCACAACUCCUACACUCCGCCAUCGGCUUCCUCAAAAACCUCGCCCAGCCCGCCGAAAACAAAGAGCUCAUCGGCACCGACGAAAUCUGGGCCGGCUUCCCCCGCCUCUGGCUAAUGGACACCCUGCAACCCGUACAACACUCCUCCAUCUCCCUCGCGCGCCUCCUCAUCGACCGGACCUUUGAAAACGUACGGCGCGUAUGUCGACGCCUCUCCAAAGACGAAGACUCGCCCGCGUACCAGCGCUCCAACCUCUCGCUCCUCAUCGCGCUCUUCGACCGCACGGACAUCGAGCCGGUCAAGAUGGAGAUCUCGCGGCUCAUCACAGCAGUCUGCCGCACCUUCAAUACGCACUCCUUCACGAACCCCGACAUCAUGACGCGCGUGCGCCGCAAUUUCUUCACCAUGCACCCGGACGUUGGUCGGCCUCUCGCCUUCAUGGUGUCGCAGACCAAGUGGCCCGUCGUGCGCUCGGAAGGCUGGUUCGUAUUCGCGCUCAUGGCGCAUUUCCCCGACGGCGCGCAGUGUAUCAGCGAUAUGAUGCAGGACGUCUCCGUCUUUCAACCCCUCGUCGAACUCCUCACGGGUAAGAACAUCGUCGAUUAUAAAUCUCCCUCCCCUUCUGCACCUACCUCCGCAUCCACACCUCUAGCUCCACUUCUCCCUCCGCCUCCGCAUCAGCCUCAGCAUCUUCCCCCCACCACUUUCCCCCUCGACUCCCCCACCCCCCCAAAACCGCAACCACACGCCCAAGCCGCAGAAAUGGCGCGUCUCGACCGCGAAAACGCACUCGUAAUGGUAAACGAGCUCCUGAAAAACAUGGGCGGCCAGAUGGCGGUGAUGCGCAAGACGCUCUUCGAGGACUUGCUUAAGGGCGGCGGACAGUUGGUUAUGAGUUAUAGGGAGGCGCAGCCGAUGUGGGGGGAUAAGACUAAGCCGAAGAAUGAACGGGUGCGGGCGGGGUUGAAUUUGCAGGAGGCGACGGUGGAGAGUUUGAAGGAACUCAUGGGUUGA